AUGAUGCUCCUACCGCGGCAGCACACUGGCCUCAUUGGCGACUCUCUCAGGCACGAUUCUACACGCCCGCACGGCAUAUAUUCUCUCCCAAGUCCCCCCAUGAGUCGUCCAGGCAGCCGUCCAUGUUGGCUCCCAAAGCCUCGCUUGCCCGCCAUGCCGUCGCUGCUGGAGCGUCUCUCUCCGGAGCUUCAACUGCUUAUCAUGUCCGAGCUGGACUACCAAUCACUCAUCUUCCUCUCCACGGUGAACCGGCACUUUCACCGCCUGAUAGACCCUGGGCGGAUGGCAGACCCGGCAGACAAGUUUCAGUUUGUCAUGAGAGCAGCAAAGGACUUUCCACAACAUCGACCUAGCGAGAAGGGUCGAGACCACCAGCCCGGCAACCUGGAGUGCUACAUCUGCUUCCGCGUGCGGGCCCCGGAGUACUUUGACGUGCUCCAAGCCCCGACGGCCUGCCUCGACCCACACGGCCGCGUCGUAUCGGAUCGGGAGCCGGGGCCCGGGGACCGAGUCGUCUCCCUUCGCCGGUUCUGUAUUGAGUGCGGGGUCGGCCACGGACUUCAUGCACCGCUUGACUGCCUGACAACAAGGGCGGGCCAAUUCCUCUGGAUCUGCCAGUGCCGGAAGGUGUUGCGAAAGCCGGACUGUCUGCGAUGCUCGGACUGCGGAUCGACCUGUCCUUUACGACCCAAGAGGGUUUGGUAG